CUGAGCUGGUUGAAAAUACGUAAAACCCGCCGUUAGCUUCAAGCUAAGCUUGCUUUAUCAAGUCAUGCGCGACAGAAUAUAGAUUUAACGGAAAUAGUAACGACUAGCGCGUGGAACCGAAACCGCGAAUGGCAUUUACUAUGUACGGGUGUGUAAAGAAAUAAGGCGAAAGCUUCAUAAUUUGGACGCAGGCUAACAGGCUAAGUGAGCCGUCGGGAGACCCCACCACCCAAAGAUCGAAACAGAGAUUAAAGUCAUCAUCUAAUCUAUUAAAGAGGAUAACCAAUGUCACACGCACCAAUCCUCCAAAGCAGCGACGCAAAUGAACUGACAGAUGGAGUUUAUACAUUCAUAAGUACAGUCAAACACGCCCUCUGAAAAGGCCCAUCAUUGGAUUAAAAUACAAGUGUGUUUUCACCCUGCGUGUGAGUGUGCAUGUGGUCUGCUGAAGGAAGUGAGGGCAUGGCUCAAGACACUCCCUUGAGACCACGUCCCCCUGAGGUCCUUAUGUAAUGCCUCGUCAUCUGCUAAUAGCUGGACCUGAUACACUCACACAUAAGGAUUCCCUAAAGUGUCCCAUCAAAUAAAUGUAAGAUCUGUUUUUCCAUUGCCUCCUCUGCUUCCCUGUUCCCCCAAGCCCCACACACUCAUCUGAGCAUCCUUGGAUUCUUCCUUUCGGAGUCGUUUGGCCAACCUGGAUCAAUUGCCAGGAGAGUUAGUGGGUAUGUGUGUGAGCUAAGUGCUGAUUUUUCACUUCUCUUUUGUCUCUGCAAGCUCCAUCAAGAGAGUUGUUUUUGCUAGAGCAUCUCAUUUUAGGCCUCUGUUGUUGGAAAGCCAUGCAGGUGUAAGCUUAAACUGGACUGUUUUUCAUUGCUACCAAUCACCUGUGCAUCAGCAAUGCUUCGACUUAAGAGAGAGACACUUACUAUCCUAUUUCUUGAGGUGCAAUGUAGCACGUGCUGGUUGAAAUGAAGGAAAGACAUUUUUACAUUUUCUGAUAGUGUGGAUGGUGGGGGAAACGGCUUCAACUGAACGGUUGUGAGUGCCAACUAAUUCCCUCACUAUUGCGGCUACCUUCCAAACUGAAUUACAUUUAAAACUGAAAACAAAAUUCUCCUUCCUCCUGUUCCUCACUCUGUCUCUAGCUGUUGCAUUGUAAUUUAUGUCUUGUUUUUUUCUCUCUGGCCUUUUCUACCUCUCAUUUCAUGCUGUACUGCUAAAUCUUCAAAAUUGUUUAUUUGAUUUUGUAAAUUUGUAAAAAAUCUGUGUAAUUUUCCAUUUAUUAAGCAGUUGUAAAUCAGAAAUUCUUUUUAAGCUUUUUUUGUCGUUUUAUUUUCUUUCAAAGCAAAUGUUUUUACAGCACUUAUUUGAGUUUUUCUAAGCCGUUUGAGAUGAGGUAGUUCCUUUUUUGCUUUCAGAUUGUUUUUUUUAAUAACUGACCAAAAAAACAUAUGACAAACUAAAAUAAUUUGUGCUAUUUUUUGUUUUGUGCUGUACUUUAUGUAUAUUACCAUAUAUUCAUUUUUUAAUAUUUUUAAGCCAGAGAGUCCAAUCCCAUCUUCACAUUUUAAAUCAAGAAUUUGCAAAAACUUUUCUUUUAUUUACUAUUCAUUAUUUUCUUUCUUUUUUUUUUUUUUUUUUUAUUUAUUUAUUUUUUUACAUUUCUGCAUUUUAUCACUCAUAAGGAGGAUAAUUUGACUGAAACAAUGCUCAUGUUGUGGCCUUUUUAUAUAAUGCUGAAAGGACAACAACUGCUCCUUUAGUCUAUACAUUUGUGCUGUCUCUACAACAAAAGCACACACACAAACGGAUCAUUUGCCUUCCUGCUCCCUGGGUUAUGCCAAGCAUCAGCAUGAGUGGGGGUGUGUCUGGACCCACAUCCCCACCCCACCCCACCGUUCCAUCAAAACCGCUCAGGCCUAGUCGCUAUGUGCCGGUCUCCGCGGCAACUGCCUUCCUGGUUGGAGCAACCACACUCUUCUUUUGCUUCACGUGCCCUUGGCUUUCGGAGCAGUUUUCAGUCGCUGUGCCUAUAUACAAUGGCAUUAUGUUUCUGUUUGUGCUGGCCAACUUCUGUAUGGCCACCUUUAUGGAUCCCGGCAUCUUCCCCAGAGCUGAGGAGGAUGAGGAUAAAGAGGAUGAUUUUCGGGCUCCUCUUUAUAAGACGGUGGAGAUUCGAGGCAUUCAGGUGAGGAUGAAGUGGUGCUCCACCUGCCGUUUCUACAGACCUCCUCGCUGCUCGCACUGCUCCGUGUGCGACAACUGUGUGGAGGAUUUUGAUCAUCACUGUCCAUGGGUUAAUAACUGUAUCGGCCGGAGAAACUACCGUUACUUCUUCCUGUUCCUGCUCUCUCUGACGGCUCACAUCAUGGGUGUGUUUGGCUUCGGCUUGCUCUUUAUUCUCUACCACACCCAGCAGCUGGACAGUGUCAAUUCAGCUGUUACUAUGGCCGUCAUGUGUGUCGCUGGUCUUUUCUUCAUCCCAGUUGCAGGCCUCACUGGUUUCCAUGUCGUUCUGGUGGCAAGAGGCAGGACCACCAAUGAGCAGGUGACAGGAAAGUUCAGGGGAGGCGUGAACCCCUUCACAAAUGGCUGCUUGAGGAACGUCUCGCAUGUCCUGUGCAGUUCACAGGCACCGAGGUAUCUGGGUAGAAAGAGGAAGGCUCAGACCGUGUCUGUUCAGCCUCCAUUCCUCCGACCACAACUCACUGAGGCCCAGCUGGCUGCCAAGGUGCUCGACAAUGGAAUCCAAGGAGACCUUCAUCGGUCUAAAAGCAGUUUGGAGAUGAUGGAGAGCCAGUCUGCUGACGCAGAGCCUCCGCCUCCCCCCAAACCAGAGCUCCGAUACCCUGGGCUGUCUCGAGGACCUUCUGGACACUCCGAGGAGAGUAGUCUGUUAAAUAAAGCUCCGCCUACCCCCAUCAUGUUCAAGUACAGGCCCACCUACAGCAGCCCGGGCAAGAACCACACUGCACUUACACACGCCUAUGCCAGCCAGAUGAGUCGUGGGGACAGUCUUAAAGAGUCCUCUUCCUCUCUCCUACAGUCCAGUCAGCAGCCAGGUUAUCGCUCUGAGCCCAGUCUGGAUGGGCAUGAGGCGGGAGGGGUGGAGCGAAGUGGGCCGGAGCGAAGAUGUGUGGGCCCUGGAGGACCUCCGGGCUCAGGGAUGCCUGGUUACUCCCACGGAGGGCAUUCAUAUCCCUCCUUCUCCGAUCCUACGGUGAUUGUCGGAGGCACCUCACAGUCCUCCAGUGUUCGCUCUUCCCACAACGCCCCACCGUCUGAAGCCACCAGCUACAAGAGCUUAGCCAAUCAGACGCCUCCACCGGCUUCUCGUAAUGGCAGCCUGUCAUACGAUAGUCUACUCGCGCCCUCUGAAAGCCCAGAUCUCGAAUCAGCAGCACCAGAGCUGUCUCCAGGGCGUCCACGCACGGCAGUACUUGGAUACAGUUCACCUUUCCUAUCAGCGCAGAUCGCCCAGCAACGGGAAGCAGAGCUCCACCAGCCCUCUGCCUCCAGCACCGGCCUCCUCGCCUCCCCACAACAUGGUGCCUAUUUACGUGGCUCCACCUCCUCCCCGCCACCUCUGCCUGAACGCGAACGGGAGCGCCUGCUACGUGACCAUCCCCAUCACCACCACCACCGCCAACAUCAUCACAAUCAUCCUCGGCCACCCCGCUUCUAUCGACCACCUUUGCUCUCUGACUCGGGCCACACUCAGCCCUCCUAUCCUUACCGUACCCGCUCUACUGACACGCCCCUGCCGCCCACCACUCACCCGCCUCAUUCGCCACACCCCCCACCACUGGGGAAGUCUCUAUCUUACUCUAGCGCUGCAGCUGCUGAGAUGCAGUACCGCCUGGUCCGCAAAGCCUCAGCCUCGGUCGGGGGAGGGGGCAUACAGGCACCAAAGGAUGAGAUUCAGAUGAAGUCAUAUAGUCGGACAAAUGGCCAGCCUAAAUCAUCUCUCCCUCAGUCUCCUUCCACACCCUUGUCCCCCUCUCAUCCUAUCAGCGUGUCCACUCGCCCAGGCCAGGCCUAUUCCAGUGCCGGCUCUUCUCAGAGCCCCGCCAACAAGCCUGGAGGUGGGGUGAAGAAGGUGACUGGCGUCGGAGGGACCACUUACGAGAUAUCAGUGUGAGAGAUGAGCAGCUGUUGUGAUUGAUCUUGUCAAGAGUGGAGCCUUGGACUUUGUCGGCCACUUGGGCAUACAGUAGUAGAGCCUUGAUAUUAGAAGAGAAAAUUAAGACUUUUGGACAUUUAUUGGUGCCCACCGAAGAUUUCUCUUGAAAAUGUAAGCAUUUAAGAACACUGUUUUUUUAUUUAUUUUUUAUUUUAUUUAUUUUAUUUUUUUCGAAAAGGAAAUCAAUUGCUGACAAGCAGGUUUUGGUAAGAUGUGACAUUGAGGAGGAGGAGGAGGAGGAGUGUUGAUGUUUAGCCGUGACAUAGUGUGGCCUGUCCUAUACAAAACCUAUAUAAGACUCCUCGCGAGUAAGGAGCUGUAACACGUAAUUGGUGUAACGGCAAAAGACUGGAUUGCCUUGGAAACUUUCAGUACAUCACAAGAGUAAAAUUGUUCUAUCCAGCUUAAAUAUGUACAUUGUUCUGUAUAGAGGAAAAAAAGUUGUGUCACAGUUUUCUCACAGAGUGGAAUUAAAUUUUUACACAACGGGACCUGUGGCAUGAAGUAGCCAAUUCAGACCACUGUGAUUGGCAUGCGACAAUGUAUCCGAUCUAUGCCAGGGAAGCAAACCGUAGUCGAUUUAAAGAAAUGGCCUAAUGCAUUAUUUAAAUGACAACAGCCUUUUCCAUUAAGUGUUUUCAGAGCAAUGUCUUUGGAAAUCAAGGAAGAAAGUUUUUAUUUAAUUUUUUUAAAUGUUCUUUUAUAUGAAUUUAUAAAUGGUUAUUGAUAAGAUCAAAAUGUUUUUUUAUUCUACAAAGGCUGAUGAUUUGUUCUCUGUGGACUUAUCUAAUCAGAUGAAGGGGUGAAGAAUUGCAGGCUGGGAAACCGAUAUCACCACCCAGUAAAUUAUAGUCCUGUGCAGAGAGUUACUAGUAGCAUUAAAAUGCAUUUGACACAGCAGAGACAUAUUUCAGAGUUUCUUUUAAACAUUGAUUGUGUGCCUCUUUUAAUUUGUACCUACUACGUUCAAAAUUUGUGACAUUUUGCAAGACUCAUUUCAAUCAUUGUCUAACUUGUCAGGGGUGUUGGUCAACAUUUAGAUCAGAGCUGGUCAAUAAAGUGGAUGCAUUUGAGUGCCGAUACAAUAGCCAAUGAAUACCCUCUCAGAACGAUUAUGUGAAUAUUUAGGAUAAAAAAGAUGGACUGAGAAGAGGGAAAGAAAAGUGUACUGUAUAGUUUAGCGUGAGUGACCAUGGUUGUUGAUAUGCGUGUGUGUGUGGUUUAGCAUUGGUAAUAAACUCUUUAUAAAUCAUUUGUGAUGUUGAUUUGCUUUAACCUUCAUGGUGUGUUCCAAACUCUGGUGGUUUCUGAAACGUUGUAAGUGUAUACCUGAUAAUGCCCAUGAAUUUUGUUUCUCUGUUCUUAAAAAUGUAAGCCUGUUGUCAUGUUAGAUGUCAGGAACAUGGUCUGCAAAAUAUAUUGUCACCUCAUUACCAGAAAUAUGUUGCAUAAUUUGAAACAAUCCCCCAGAGAAAAAAAAAAUACUGUAGUUGGUUCCAAUGUGUGCUCUCGUUUGCCUCCUAAUCAGCCCACAUGUGACAACACAAUAAUAUACAGUUUAAGUCAGAAGUUUAUAUAUGCUUA